UUUACCGACUACUUAUCGACUGGUCCUCUUGAAAAAAAUAAAUGGUGGGCAAUAAACGCUCACAUAUUGUUUCACUUUUUGUAUCAUCUUUAUAACUCUUUUUAUUGCAUGUUUGUAUUUGUCUGUAUUCAGAGCCGCUGGAAAGUUUGACUUUUCGUAAAUUCUCAAAAAUUCACGACUUAAAAUCGACUAAGUUUGAAUAUCCCGAAGGUCGGACGGAGAUUUUCAAGAUGGCGGAAGGUCGUUCUUCGAAGGUUUGUGAAGGAGAUUCGUGGAUUCCAGCGACGCAACGACCAGAUGGGACCUGGCGAAAGGCAAGGAGAGUAAAGGAUGGGUACAUUCCACAAGACGAAGUUGAAAAAUACGAAAGCAAAGGGAAACAAUGGGUCAAUUCGAUACCAAACCAGCCACCAGGAAUGGCUGUCGAACCAGUAAAAGUCUCCAAAAAUCAGAAAAAGAACGAGAGAAAGAAACAAAAAAGAAAAGAAGAGAAGGCAGGCGGUGGAAGUUGUUUAAGAGAAGUAACCACGAAACUAGAGAACGUAACGUUGAAUGCUAGUAAUAAUACUACGCCCCAGUCUUACACGAGCAACCCCGAUGAAGUGAAGGAGAAAAAGUUGAAAAACCUUAAAAAGAAACUAAGGCAGAUUGAAGAUUUGCAAAGAAAAAUAGACUCUGGAGAGAUUGUGAGCCCCGAGGCCACACAGCUUGAAAAACUGUCUAGAAGAGCUGAGGUAGAAAGGGAAAUUGAGGAGCUGGAACUGGGCUUGUGACCAAGAGGUGUAGAUUGGGCGUUAGUAUGGAUAAACCAAAUAUUGCAUGAAAUAGAAGACGGAUAUUGAGACAGCAAAUAAAAAGGGUGAUUUGGAUCUAUUAUACCAAAAUACUAAUGGUUGCUGUCAGUGGGAGGGUGAGAGGGGCAUGUUACCCCAUGUAGUGCCGCUUCUACAGGAAAGUGUCUUCAUUCAGGAAAAGGAGUGUUUUUUAUCAGCAUUAGUAUUUAUUCUAAGCCUUGAUCAAACAGAGAUUAGAGUUGACAAGAGUUGAUGAGAUUUCCAAAUCUCAUGACCAUUUGGCCAUGCACUCACACAAUCCCAUCGACUGUCAUUCAAUUUGAACAUGUUCAAAUUUGACAUCAGAGUUGUUACAUGAAUAAAACUUGACAGGAGUAUUUCGAUCAAAGCUUUUCACAAAAUGUGAAGCACAAUGUAAUUCUAGAUUUGGUGACGAAUCCUGAACUAAUUAUAGUUACACAUUCCAAAACUCAUUUCAACUCUAAUCCAAUCUCAAAAACCGUUUUAUUUCUGUGUGAGAGCUAGAAAGAGUACAACUCUCAUGGAAACAUUAUGUUUGUUAACGUUUUGAAAACUUUUGGCAAAUCAACCACAACUUAGGAUUUGGAGAGUAGAUAGAAAUUUCUGUGUUAAAACACAUCUCAUUGCAAAAAUUUCGUGCCUGCGACCAGCAUGUGUAACAGACUGGGAUAAGUUAUAGCUGACUUAUUUACUGCUGAUCAACAGUAGAAACUUUAAUUUGUGCCAUAUUUACACUCGCCAGCCAGCAGGCAAGCUCUUAGGGACAGCCCUGAAUGUAUGGCAGCUUCUUUAAUAAUGACACAAUGGAAAUAAAGCCAUUUAAUAUAUUA